UCAGGUUCUGAUGGGAGCACAGGGUUCCCCCCAACCCUGCGUGGACCCCCUCCCCCCCUCGCCCUCCCCCAGCAGCACGGGUGUCCCCCCCACCCAAAUGGGGACGUGGCAAACUCAGGGGAACUGGGGGGGGUUUCCCAGCCCCUUUUUGCUGGUGGGGUGGGAGCAUCCCCCCCCAAAAAAAGCUGGAAGUGCCCUUUGGCUGCAUGGCACCCAGCAGAGCUGCACUCUGAGGGUCCAUCCCAGCCACCCCCCUCCUCCUCCCACCCUGGGUUGGGCACUUUUAGGGGUGCAGAGUUCCAUGUGUAUACAGCCACUGGGAUUUGGGGUUCUAAUUAUCUUCACCCCUCCUCCCCCCCCCCCUCAUUUUUUGGAGAGAGCGCAUGUCGCCUCCUGCUUUAUUUCUCUUAUGCAUAUCAAUUAAGAAAAAAAAAGUAAUUAAAAAAAAAAAAGUUUCUCUGGGGUUUGGAAAGGAACGGGGAACAGCUGCAGACAUUCAUCCAGCAGGCACAUCUUAACUCAGGUAAAAACGGGGGGGAGGGGGAAGGGGAAAAAAAAAAACAAAAACAAAAAAGGAAAAGAAAAAACACAAAAGACCAAAAAAAGAAAAAAGGACAAAAAAAGAAAAAAAAAAAAAAGACAAAGAUAAAACCACAUUUCUACCUCUGAAAGCGGCGGCUGUGGGCGGUCCGUCCCACGUCCAGCUGAAUAUUUCAGUUUUGCAAACGUUCAGGUAUUGAAACUUUUGAUUAUUAAAAAUAAAUAAAUAAAUAAAUAAUAAAAAUAAUUAAAAAAAAAAUUAAAAAAAAAAAAAGAGAAAAUAAAAACACUGAAAGUUUACAUUUUAUAAUAACAUUAUUAUACAGAUUGUAUUUAAGCUGCAGAAUAUUUAAGACAAUUGUAACCCUGUAAAGUUGAUGAAAUAUUAAAAAAAGAAAAAAAAAAAAAAGAUAAUUAAAAAAUAAAUGGUUGUGUGAAUUUUGUGUCCCCUCCUCGGGGCUGUGGGGGGGUCCCAGGGGGUUCACAUAGGAUAUCAAUGGGGUGAACAGUGCCAGCGGUCCCUGCGCCCUAUGGUUCCUAUAGGACCCCACGAGGCACCCUGCGGUCACCCACCCACACCCCGACCACGCUGCAGCCCGCUGAACUUCCGGUCCAUCUGGCCCCGCCCACCGGCGGUGCCGCUCUUGAUUGGGCGCCGCGGCGGAAGGGCGGCGCUCUGCGCGCCAGCCGCGCUCUCUCUGGCCCUGGCGGACCGCGAAGAUGGCGGCGCCCAUGGAGGUGGCGUUGGUGUCGGACGCCGCCGGGCCGCUUUGCAAUUGCUCGGUUUGGGAGCUGCAUUCGGGUACCGCUUUGCCCGGUUAUCGCGGUGGGAACACCGGCCCGCGCGGGUUGGUGCUGCUGGGAGGCGAACACCUGCUGGGAGCCCAGCUGGGCAAGAGCUACAUCAACGUGUGGGAGCUGCAGAGGAAGGACCAGCUCCAGCAGAAGAUCAUUUGUCCUGGACCAGUGACCUGCCUAACAGCUUCUCCCAACGGGCUCUACAUCCUGGCUGGUGUUGCUGAGAGCAUUUACCUAUGGGAGGUCUCCAAUGGAAACCUCCUGGCCAUCCUGAACCGACACUACCAGGACCUCACAUGCCUCUGCUUCACUGAUGACAGCAGCCACUUUCUCUCGGGGGCAAAGGACUGCCUGGCGCUGGUGUGGAACUUGUACAGUGUUCUACAGGCAGAGCCCUCCCAGAUCCCAGACCCUCGCCACGUGUGGUCCCGACACAGCCUCCCCAUCACAGACAUGUGCUGUGGCUUUGGAGGACCUUUGGCACGAGCUGCCACCGCAUCCCUUGACCAGACAGCAAAGCUCUGGGAAGUCUCAUCCGGGGAGCUCCUGCUUUCAGUCCUGUUUGAUGUGGGGAUCAUGGCUGUUACCCUGGACCUCUCAGAGUAUCACAUGUUCUGUGGUGGCAUGGACGGAUCCAUAUUCCAGGUUGACCUCUGUGCCUGGCCAGUCCAGAGAGACCGGACCUUCCAGACAGAGCGGGAGAAUGGGAAGAUCUUCAAAGGGCACAGGAACCAGGUGACGUGUCUGUCCGUCUCCACGGAUGGCAGCCUGUUGCUUUCUGGCUCACACGAUGAAACGGUGCGGCUAUGGGACAUCCAGAGCAAGCAGUGCCUGAAGACGAUGAAUCACAAAGGUCCGGUUACAAACGCCUUCAUAGUGCUGGCUCCAGCCAACAUGCUCAACCCAGAUGGGAAACCCAGCGUGCCUCUUCCUAAAUUCAGCAAGCACCUCUAUGGCACUGAAAGCACUGAUGAGCAAAGCAGCGAGGGAGUGACGCUGCGCCUCGGGCUGCACCAGCAGGAGUCUGGGGAGAGCUAUCUAGAGAAGGCUGAGAAGAUGUACUCUCAGAUGUGCUCAACGAGAGAAAAGAACCUGAUGGGAGACCAGGAGCAUCUGACGAUCCAGGUGAGCGAGCUGGAAGAGGAGGUGAGCACCCUCCGGAAAAUCAACAAGAACCUCUUUGACUUCUCUGCUCGCAUCAUCACCAAGCCAGCCAAAUGAGGAGGCAACCCCCAGCCCUCCCCCCCCCCUCUGCCUCUUUCUGCCCAGCUCCUGGGGAAGAACAGCCAGCCUAUGGACACAUGCAGAUGGGCAAGCACGUGUGGCUCGCAUCCUCACCAGCGCCUGUCAGGCCACGUAACACACAAAGGAGCGUUUGCCUACUCCCUCUGGCAUCCCUUUGACCACACAGGACUGAGAUGGGGCACGGGGGCUGUGGGGCUGCAUGUGGUCCCAGCUGGCUGCCUGCAGGAUGGCACGGGGAUGGGGCUGAGCAGUGCAGCUGCAGUGCAGACAACUGCGGGCAGAGCGUCCCCGGCUGCGGUGCCCUUCAGGAUGCAGCUCCUGCUCUUCUCCUCUCUCUUCCCCUGGCCUUUUUAUGUUUCUUUUUGUUACACGACCCUGCGGCGCAGACAGAAAAUUGGGUUUUCACCUCUCUGAAUGCCAGUUUGAGAUUGGAUUUUAGAGACACCUUCUGCCCACCCCUGGCUGGGAGAUGCUGCUCACUGGACCCUUUGCAUCCCGGACCCCACUUGGGGUUUGGUUUGCUCCCAUGCAGCGGGGGCUGUGCAGCUCCUGCCCUCUCAUGGGCACCCCCAGCCAUCAGUGGGGGCACUGAGCCUGAAGCUGUGGGCCCUGCACCCCUCGGGGGGGGCUCUGUGUGUGUCUGGGCAGGGGAAGCAUGGUGCUAUUUCCGAUCUCGUAUGUUGACAAUUUAUAUAUAUUUGGAUCCAGCUAUUUUGUUUUCCACGGUGUUCUGGGGAAAUCAGCCUUUUGUAUUGUCACUAGCAUGGCAGUGGGGGUGUUGUGGGUUUUCUUUAGGUUUAUUUUUUACAUAAAAGAUUUGUUUUUUAUAGUGAAAACUGCCUGAGCUUUCUCUUCUCCUCCCCCCCCUCCAGUCACUUGCCAUUGCAUACUCAGUGGUGCCAGCAGGGAGGUGAGUUCUCAUUCCUUCAGAGUCACUGAGCCAUCACUCCCUGAGCCUCCAGCAGCCCCCAAACCACCCCCAUGCCCCAGAUUUGUGCUCCUGGAGCACAGGGUGCUGUGGCAGAGGGGUCACAUUGCAGCAAGGAGCAGCAGUUGGCAGCUGUAUUUCCUGCUGCCUUCCUCCCACCACUUUGUCCUGCAGCCCCC